AUGGAGGUUAUGCGAGUAUGGGCGAGUCACGACAGAGGCACGCGCUCCGACGAGCCUGGUGAAGAAAUUCAACGCCGAUUCAACCCUCGAUGCAUCUCGUUUGGCAGCCGAAUUCCUGCAGAUCACCGCAUUGUCUACGACCAACAGAAGAAGGCAUCACAGUUAGAAUGCAAACACUCAACAUGUGAUGUCGAACCCGAGAAGACUAUCGUCGUGUCUAUCGACGGUGCUUGCCAUCGUAAGGGGAGUCGACCACCUCGGGCCACUUGGGCGGUCUCGUUCGGAAUCAAGUCACCACACAGCGCAAGCGGUCUCCUGUGUUCUUCGUUCCCACAGACCGCGACAUUCGCUAAGAUCGAGGCGCUGUCACAAGCGUUGCGAAUUAUCCAACGGGAGUUCGCCGACGAUCCGGCACAAGGCUUCUUCAUCAGAACGGACUUAGAUAUCCAUGUGGGAGAAAUGUCGGAGUGGAUUGAAGACUGGCUUAUGCGAAUGGGUAACCCGCUGCGUACUAUCCAGUUCCCAAAGACAUGCGGCGACGACGACGUCUGGAUUCCAAGCUCUGAUAUGCUCCACGAGUGA